AUGGCAUAUCAGCAGCAGCAGACUCCUCAGCCCCCGCCGGCGCCGCCGGGUUCUGGUGGUUCUGGGCUGCAAUUUCUGAAUUCCCCAUUUGGGGAUACCACUUUCACAAAGGUAUUUGUUGGAGGGUUGGCUUGGGAGACUCAGAGCGAUACCAUGAGGCGAUACUUUGAGCAGUUUGGUGACAUUCUUGAAGCUGUUGUUAUUACCGAUAAGAACACCGGGCGAUCCAAAGGAUAUGGUUUUGUGACUUUCCGGGACCCUGAAUCUGCUAGGAGAGCAUGUGCUGAUCCAACACCAAUUAUUGAUGGCAGACGAGCCAACUGUAAUUUGGCUUCACUGGGGCGUCCUCGUCCAUCCAUGCCAUUUGGGAGGCUGAGAUCACCAACACCUUACCUUGGAGGGCUUCCAGCUGCUCGGGGUGCUUACAUUGGAAGCUUCGGUUACCAGCAACCAGUUCCCUAUGGCUAUCAACAAAACCUAGUUUAUUCACCAUUCGGGUAUGCAACAUAUGGUCAAGAAUAUGUCUAUCCUCAGGGGGUUUACAAUCCUUAUGGUGGGCAGCAGUACCUUCAGAUAUAUGGUCUCCCUGGAACAGCUAAUGCAACUGUAUAUCCCUACAACCAGAUGGGUCAAGGUGUUCCGGGAAGCCAUAAUUAUACGGCACUGCAGGGUUAUCCAAUGGCCAGUCAUCAGCUUAUGCAUAUAGGGGGGCCUGCUGUGAAUGCUUUGACUGCAUCAUCUAUUCCGACUGUUCAGGCACCAUAUCCAACUGGUAUUGCUACACCUGUUCCACCACAACAUCAGUUCAUUCUUCCUGCUCAUUCUCCUCGAUUUAUGCAAGGUAGCGGUUCUGACCAAAAUGCUGGGUGA